AUGAGCCUCUUGUCGGCCAUCGAGACCACCGCCGCCUCCGUUUACCAGCCGGCCCAGUUGCUCAACUGGGUCUACCUCUCCUUGCAAGACACGCACCAGGCCAGCGCCUUCGACGCCUUCCGCCCGGAGUCUUCCUCCGCCCAGCACCCGGAGCUCAGCUACCCCAGCAAGGGCAGCGCCGACCUGGGCACCUCCGCGCUCAGCUCCAGCUACCUGAACAGCUUCCUCCAGCUCCAGAGGAACGAGGCCUUGAACAGCAGUCUCUAUAAGAGCGGCUCUCCUUACGGCUCUCUUAAUAACAUCGUGGAUGGCUUAAAUUCCCUGACGGAACAUUUUUCGGACAUUUCCCUCUCCUCGGAUGCCCGCAAGCCGAGCAAGAGACCCCCACCAAACUAUCUCUGCCAUCUUUGCUUUAACAAGGGACACUACAUCAAAGACUGCCCACAGGUAAGGACCCUGCAAUCUUGGAGGCCUACUUCCUGCAAAGGAGGGGGGCGUACACGUAGUCUCCGUCUUAACGACCACAGUGGAACCCCAGAAUUUUCAGUCGCUAUGCGAGACAGUUGCUAA